AUACGCCUUCACCCUCCUUUUCCAACCUCUCCUCCUCUUCCUUUUUCAUUCAUCCUCUUCGCAAAUGGCGACUGCAACAAUGAUCUUCAGUUUGGUAGGUACAUUUAGGGGUCUUUCUUUAUCAUCAAGCUCCAAUUCGUCGUUUUUGAAAGGCGAAGUGAGAGGCUCCAUUCCCAAAACGGAAACCGUUUCCUUCCCGAGCAAAUUUCCGUUCCCUCUCUCCAUCGAAUCGGCGCACAAAAAGGGUGCCGGUAGUACUAAAAACGGUCGCGAUUCCAAGGGUCAACGACUCGUCGUCAAAAUCUACGGUGACCAGGUGGCCAAACCCGGCGCUGUUAUCGUCAGGCAACGUGGAACCAAGUUUCAUCCAGGGAAAAACGAAAAACGUGGGGCUUGGAAAGGAUCAUACAAUCUUUUCAUAUUCAUUCAUAUCAUAGCAUAGCAUUCCUCAAGCUUUAUAUGAAUUCUACUUCGACCCGAACUUGUGCUCGCAUCGGCCGAUGAUGCUACAAAUGGUAAUCCUGUUUGCUGAUCGACUCCGUGAAACUAUAUCUAUCUUGUACCUUGUCUUUGUAUGGCAACCAGAACUUACAGAUUGGUACCAGGAAAGUGUACAAACUUGAUGUAUCCAAUUUGGCAAUUUUAAUGUCCAGUUUCAUUUGAUAUC